GCUGAGUUUGAAACAAGCACAGCAACAGGGAAGCAGCAGGGCUGAACUAAUCUCUCGAAUAAUUUCAAGAUGAAUAUUCAGGCUUGUGCCAGAUGUGGCUAUGGGGUUUAUCCUGCAGAGAAGAUUAACUGUAUUGAUCAGACGUGGCACAAAGCCUGCUUUCACUGUGAGGACUGUAAGAUGAUGUUAACCGUAAAUAACUUUGUCAGCCACCAAAAAAGGCCUUACUGUCAAGCACAUAAUCCAAAAAACAAUACAUUCACAAGUGUUUUCGAGACACCAAUAAAUAUAAAUGCGAAAAAGCAGUCUGAAGCUAUAAGUGAGGUAAAAUAUCGAGAAGAGGGCGAAAAGUUCAAAUCUGUUUUUCACUGGGAUGUGAAAUCCAAAGAUAUCGAAGCUGAACAUAAAAUGCAACAGUUUAAUAAUCAGAAAGCCUACCAUGAAUUAUAUGAAGAAGGCAAAUCCUGGUAUUCAGACUCUGAGAUGGUGAGAGUGGCUCAAGCACAAAACACUCUUCGUGAUGUGAAAUAUACAGAGGAGGGUGAGCAGCAGAAGGGGAAGGGAAGCUUUCCUGCUUUGAUCACUCCAGCUUAUCAGAUGGCCAAGAAGGCAACUCAGUUAUCCAGUAAUGUGGAAUAUAAACGAGGGCAUGAAGACCGUGUUUCCAAAUUUACUAGUGUUGUGGAUACUCCAGAUAUACUUCAUGCUAAGUCCGGAGGGCAACUCAUGAGUGAUUUAAAAUACACAGAAGAGUAUGAACAACAGAGAGGGAAAGGCAGCUUUCCUGCUAUGAUCACACCAGCAUACCAGAUUGCUAAACGAGCCAAUGAACUAGCUAGUGAUGUUAGGUAUCAUCAAAGAUACGAAAAAGAGAUGAAAGGGAAAGCAAGUCAGACUGUUGGUGCCGCAAAAGAAAAUAUAGAUCAGUUUGGUCAGGAUUAUAUGGAUGAAUAUGAAGAACACAGAGGAAAAGGGAGUUUCCCUGCUAUGAUCACACCAGCAUAUCUAAAUGCAAAGAAGGCAAAUGACCUGGCUAGUGAUAUAAAAUACAAAAAAGACUUUUCACAGAUGAAAGGAGCAGCCCACUAUCAUUCUCUCUCAGCCCAAGAAAACUUGGUUCUUAAACAAGCCCAGGAUGUGAACAAGCUAUAUAGUGAGGUGGAAUAUAAGAAGGAUCUGGAGAACAGCAAAGGACACAGCAUUAACUACUGUGAAACCCCACAGUUCAGGAAUGCUAGCAAGAUCUCAAAAUACACCAGUGAUUUGAAAUACAGAGAACAUUACCAGAACCAGAAAGGUCAUUAUGAAGGAGUUGGCAUGGAUAGACGCACACUGCAUGCCAUGAAGGUUGGGAGUCUGGCAAGCAAUAUAGCCUAUAAAUCUGAUUAUACACACGAUGAUGUUGACUACAAUUACCCAGCUACGCUCGCUCCUUCAUAUCAAACAACAAGGAAGCUGGUCCCUUUGAAAGAUGUAAACUAUCGGCAAAGUAUAGACAAGCUUAAAUACAGUUCAGUUACUGCCACGCCUCAGAUCAUUCAAGCGAAAAUCAGUGCACAGCAGCUCAGUGAUCUGAACUACCGGGCCCAGUAUGAAAAAACCAAAACACACUAUACUUUGCCUCAGGAUGUACCACAAUUAGUCAAGGCCAAAGCCAAUGCAGAAUUAUACAGUGAGAUUAAGUACAAAGAAGGCUGGCAGAAAAGCAAGGGCCGUGGCUUUGAAAUGAAGUUGGAUUCCAUGUCUUUGCUUGCUGCCAAAGCUUCAAGGGAUCUUGCCAGUGAUAUUAAAUACAGAGAAGAAUAUGAGAAAACAAAAGGCAAAGCACUGGCAAACAAGGAUUCAAGACUUCUGCAUUCUUUGCAAGUAGCUAAAAUGAGUAGUGAGAUUGCAUACAAAAAGGACUUUGAGAAGAACAAAACACAUUUUCACUUACCAAUGGAUAUGAUCAACAUUCAACAUGCCAAAAAGGCCCAGGCUCUAGCUAGUGACCUUGACUAUAGGAAGAAAAUCCACGAGUAUACUGUGGUUCCAGAAGAUCUAAAUACACAAUGGGCCAAAAAGGCCUAUGGGUUACAGAGUGAGCUUCAGUACAAGACAGAUCUUACCUGGAUGAAGGGAGUUGGAUGGAUAGCAGACGGAAGUCUCAAUAUUGAGCAAGCAAAGAAAGCAGGAGAACUUUCCAGUGAGAAAAAGUACAGACAAAAGGCUGAUGCUCUAAAGUUCACAAGUGUGGCAGACAGUUCCCAGAUCAAACAUGCGAAGAAAAGCCAGGAACUGCAGAGUGAUAUUGCAUACAGAUCAGGAAAAGAGGAUUUUCUUCACAAUUACACCAUCAGCAAAGAUGAACCUCUCUUCAUACAGGCCAAAAUAAAUGCUGCAAAUAUUAGUGAGAAAAUCUACAAGAGUAGCUGGGAGAAGCAGAAGGAGAAAGGAUUUGAACUUCAUUUUGAUGCAAUACCAUUCCUGGCAGCGAGAGCAAAGAGGGAUCUUGCCAGUGAUAUAAAAUACAAGGAGAAUUAUGAGAAGACGAAAGGACAGUUGAUUGGGGUGAAAUUUGCAAGUGAAGACUCACAAAUGGCUCAUUCACUCCAUGUAUCAAAAAUGCAGAGUGACCUGGAGUAUAAAAAGGCAUUUGAGGAUGUAAAGAAUCAGUAUCAUGUUUCCAUGGAUAUGAUUAAUCUUGUCCAUGCCAAGAAAGCUCAGGAUCUGGCCACAGACAGGGGAUACAAGACAAUCACACACCGUUACACUGCCCUCCCUACUGACAUGAAGAUGGAAUGGGCCAAGUGGGCUUAUGGCUUGCAGAGUGAUAACCGAUACAGAGCAGAUUUGAACUGGAUGAAAGGCGUCGGAUGGAUCGCCACUGGGUCAUUAAAUGUGAAGCAGGCUAAGAAGGCAGGAGAACUCAUUAGCGAGAAGAAGUACCGUCAGCAUCCAUAUGCUUUGAAGUUUACCAGUAUUAAAGACACUCCUGAGAUGAUCCAGGCUAGAAUUAGUUAUAACCAGGCUGUGGAUCGUCUAUAUAAGGAGCAGGGAGAAAACAUCAAGCAUCAUUACACCCAAACAGCAGAACUUCCAGAGAUGUUUCAAGCUAAACAGAAUGCUCUCAAUAUCAGUGAGACCCGCUACAAAGAAUCCUGGAACAAGAUGAGAGAUGGUGGUUAUAAACUGAAACUGGAUGCCAUUCCUUUCCAGACAGCAAAGGCAUCUACUGAAAUUAUAAGUGAUUACAAGUACAAGGAGGCAUUUGAAAAGACAAAAGGACAGAUGAUAGGCUCCUGUGGCUUGGAUGAUAUGAACAUUUCUCAUUCAGUGCAUGCAGCAUUGCUACACAGUGAUGUAAAUUACAAGAAAAGUUUUGAUCAUCAGAAGACCCAGUUCCACCUACCGUUAGACAUGGUAAAUUUAGUACAUGCCAGAAAAGCCCAAUCUUUGGUGAAUGAGCAAGAAUACAGACAACUGCUUCACACUUAUACUUCCCUACCUGAAGAUGUUAGGCUGCAGUGUGCCAAGAAAGCUUAUAAAUUGCAGAGUGAGAAUAUAUACCGGUCUGACUUGAACUUUAUGAGAGGAGUUGGUUGUAUUGUACCAGGCACCUUAGAGAUUGAAGCAAAGAAGAAAGCUUCUGAACUCAUCAGUGAGAGUAAAUACCGCCAGCAACCAAAUUCCUUCAAGUACACAUCGGUGACAGACUCUCCUGGCCUCCUUCAUGCAAAAUUCAGCAAUAUGAUUGCUAAUGAGCGUCUCUACAAAGCAGCAGGAGAGGACACUGUGCAUCAUUACACAGUCAUUUUGGGUCAUCCUGAAUUUGAAAGGGCAAAAAUGAAUGCAAUCAAUGUCAGUGAGGCAAAAUACAGGGAGUCUUGGCAUAAUCUCCGUGCUCAAGGCUACAAACUGACAAUGGAAGCAAUCCCUUUCCAGACUGCCAAGGCCUCCAGAGAAAUUGCCAGCGAUCUUCAAUACAAGCAUAACUUUGUUCAGGAGCGAGGGAAGCACAUUGGUGCCAAAAGCAUUUUGGAUGAUACCAAUCUUCUACAUUGUCUGUAUGCUGCUAAAUUACAAAGUGAACAGGAGUACAAGAGAGGUUCCAGGGAUAUCAGUUCUCAUUACCAUCUGCCUUUGGACAUGGUCAACCUAGCACAUGCCCGAAAGGCCCAGAGUUUAGUGAGUGACCAGGAAUAUAGGAAGAGACUGCAUGAAUACACAGUGCUUCCUGAAGACUUGAAGAUGAAAUGGGCAAAGAGAGUUCACUUGUUGCAGAGUGAGUCUCGCUACAAAUCAGACCUGAACUUCAUGAAGGGGGUUGGCUGGGUGGCUCUGAGAUCCCCUCAGAUAGAAAAUGUAAAGAAGGCUGGAGAACUCAUCAGUGAGACAAAGUACCGACAGAAACCAGAUAGUCUGAAGUUCACCACAGUAACUGACUCUUUGGAUUUCAUUCAUGCUAAGAAUAGCUACAUUCAGUGUAAUGAGAGGCUAUACCGAGCUGGGCACAUGGACUUCAUGCAGAAGUAUACUCUUCCUCCUGAUCAUCCUGACUUUAUAAGAGCACGUCUUAAUGCACUCCAUAUUAGUGAUAAACUAUAUAAAACAUCCUGGGAACAGACAAGGGCAGCUGGCUACGAUUUGAGAUUGGAUGCGAUACCUUUCCAAACAGCUAAAGCUUCCAGAGAAAUCGCUAGUGAUUUCAGAUACAAAGAGGCCUUCUUGAGGGACAGAGGUCACCAAAUUGGAUUUCGCAAUGUGAGUGAUGAUCCCAAAAUGACCCACUUCCUCAAGAUGGGCUACCUCCAGAGUGACAACCAGUACAAGAGGGAUUUUGUCAGAAACAGAGCACAUUUCAAAAGUCAACUUGAUCAACCAGGAUUUAUCCAUGCAAAGAAAAGUCAGCAGCUGAUCAGUGAUGUCAACUACAGGCAGCACCUGCAUCAGUAUACCUGUGACCCAGAUCAACUGAAUCUGAAGCAUGCCAAGAAAGCAUCCACACUGCAGAGUGAUGUCAAGUACAAAUCCGAUUUGAACUGGAUCAAAGGCAUUGGCUGGACUCCUCCAGGUUCUUACAAAGUUGAAAUGGCUAGAAGGGCUGCUGAGCUAGGCUAUGCCCAGGAACUGGAACCUCAAGAAACUUUGGACAAGUAUGAAUUGGACACUGAACAGACAACAAGAGAAAGAUCCCAGCAAGUCAGAAUCAACCCUGAUGCAUCAGAGAUUCUGCAAGUGAAGCGGAGAAAAAUGCAACUAAUUAAGAAAUGAACUGAAACGCAGGCAUCUGUCAGAGCAAAACACAUAUGUUUUUCAGCUUGCUCUGCAGGUUAUGUAGCUGUUCGGACUCCCUCAGUAGAAUAUAGGAUGACAUCAAAAGUCUCUUUUACUUAUUAAAAAGUUGGGGGGGGGGGAGGACUAACCCUACACAAGUAAUUUGAUAUUGAUCUCUGUAUUUUUGCAUGGGUACAGUAAGUUAUUUUACAUGUAUGUAUCAUGCAACUUAGUAUUUAUUAUAUUGGGAAUUGAGAUUUAUAUUAGAUGACUGGCAGGCUCAGCUUACUAAAAAUGAAUGAAUCAUGAUUUGCUGAAGUAAAAUUAUUUGUAUUGAAAAUAAAUCUGUGGAGCAUC